AUGUUCUUAUCUGCCGGGCGGGCUCGCUUAGGGCGUGCGGGCGCCAAGAGCGAAAAAGCGCACUACAACGAGCGAGCUUCGCGAUCUCAAGAUUCCAGCGGCCGACCAAAGCAAAGCGACAAAACUUCUCAUCCGACAUCGAGGACCACCCCGCUCGGCAACCGCAUCAAGAUGGUCCGUUACGCUGCUCAGGAUAUUCCGGCCGCAAAGAGCGCCCGCGCCCGGGGCUCUUACCUGCGUGUCAGCUUCAAGAACACCCGUGAGACCGCUCAGGCCAUCAACGGCAUGAAGCUGCAGCGCGCCCUUACCUUCCUCGAGAACGUCAAGACCAAGACCGAGGUCGUUCCCUUCCGCCGGUACGCUGGCAGCAUUGGUCGCACUGCUCAGGGCAAGCAGUGGGGUGUCAGCAAGGCUCGCUGGCCCGUCAAGUCCGCUCAGUUCCUCCUCGACCUCCUGAAGAACGCUGAGGCCAACGCCGACACCAAGGGUCUCGACACCGGCAACCUCAUUGUCAAGCACAUCCAGGUCAACCAGGCUCCCAAGGGCCGGAGACGCACCUACCGUGCUCACGGUCGUAUCAACCCCUACAUGACCAACCCCUGCCACAUCGAGCUCAUCCUUACCGAGGGUGAGGAGACCGUCCAGAAGGCUUCCCAGGUCGUCAAGAAGGAGGGUGUCCACCUCAGCUCCCGCCAGCGUGGUACUCAGAUCCGCCGUGCCCUCACCGAGGCAUAA